GCCCACUCUUUUUGCUAUACUAUGUAUGUACAAAAGUAAAUCAGAUACUAGAAUGCAUAUACUAUAAAAGACCUGGCUUUGAAUUGGACAAAUUUUGAUGCAUUCAACGUAAUGUUUGCUCAAAUGAAUUGUAAAAAGUUUCGUCUCAUUUCUUGCAUAGGCGAGGGUGCUUUUGGGAUAGUGUACCAAGCAAUCAAUCUCCAGACAAAUAAUAAAGUUGCAGUCAAAUGCAUCAAAACAAAUCAAGCACUUGGUGCGCUGGAAAAUAUGAAACGGGAAGCAAACAUUCACUCUACGCUGGAACAUGUGAAUAUUGUCGCAUUAAAGAGUUUCGCACUCCAGAACAAUUUUUACAAUUGGAAUUAGAAUUAUGCGAGCAAGGCACUUUAUGUGAUUUUCUCUUUUGCAAACAAAAC